CUCUGUCUCCUUCCUUCACUCACCAUAAUAAUGCUCCCAGAUUUUCCAGGUAGUGACUCCCUCCCAAAUCACAUAAUUACCCUUUAGCCUCUUCUAUGCAGUGGACUUGAUUGGACUCUCAGCAGCAGCAGCAGCAUAGGGAAUGGAGGGGGGCAUGUUCUCAGGUGGCGGCCGUGGCGGGGAUGGGACAGACGGGAAGAUUCUGCAGACAUUCCAGAAGAGCUUUGUGCAGGUGCAGAGCAUAUUGGACCAGAACAGGUUGUUGAUAAAUGAGAUAAACCAGAACCAUGAGUCCAAAAUCCCAGAUAAUUUGAGCAGGAAUGUGAGUCUGAUCAGAGAGCUGAACAACAACAUCAAAAGGGUGGUUUCUCUCUAUGCUGAUCUCUCCUCCUCUUUCAUUCAUGCCUCUGCUGCUGCUUCCUCUGAAGGUGAGUCCAGCAACCACAAGAGAAUUAGGCCAGGCUAGCAAGAAAAAGGAGACAAAAAAAUAUAUGCUCAUUCUUUAUUUGCAGGUAGAACAUGAUCUUUAAAAGAAAAAGGGAAAAAACAUGUUUUUUUUCUUUGCCUGUGGUGUAAUAAUGCUUCUGGAAUUGAAAAAAAAACCAGUUGUUGAGGCAAACUGAAAUGAUAUG